UUUUGACCUGGGAAAGGCGAAUAACUUCCUUCAAAUAUUCUGUUCCCUCCAUUCCACUGAUGUCACACUUCCGGUUUCCCUCCCUUGUAAUUGCUCAGCAGGUCCUCCAAUCCCUACCCUACACGCCGUGGUGUUCUUCAGGAACACUUCUUUACACCCUGUGCCUUCUCCCAAAUUCGUGUCUCCAGCUUAGACCUUUGUUUUCAACCCCAGAUACGCAUACCCACUGGCUGUACCUCUACUGGGAUCGCUCACGUAUAUUUCACGCUCAGCAAGGUCAAAACCGACUCAUCAUUUCCACCUCUCAUCCCACCCCUGCUCUUCCUCCAGUGAUCCCACCUUACUUAACCGUGCCCCGCAUCCACCCUCUUGUGCAUCCAAAACCCCGGGUAUCAUCCUUGAUAUCUCCCUCUUCUCAGCUCCUGAGUAUCUUACCAGUGAGCAAGUCCUGCAGCGUCCACUUCUAAAUGGCUGUAUAUUCUCCCUCUCUGCACUCUUACCACCCUUGUGCUCACCACCAGCAUCCAGCCAGCUGCCUAGUCUCUUUCUGGUCCUUUCAGCAGGCCUGGAAUGCGCUCGCACAGACCCAGCCCCACCUUUCCUUUGGAAUUGUCAUACUUGUGCCUGCUCUCCCCUCGGAUCUCAGCUUAAAUAUUACUGCUUCUAGGCAAGUCUAGGGAGAGCCUGGUGCUUUUACACGAGAUCUUUUAUGGAAUCUGCACAACCAUCCUAUGAAGUUGUGCAUUUUUCCGAUUUUACUGAAGAGUACAGAAGACUUGAGUAAUUAGUUAAAUUGUGCAAAAGCAUACAGUAAGUCACCAAGGUGACUUCAGGGACUAUGGACAUACUCUUCCGAGUAAGGGGAGGACUUGAUCUGGCUUUUCAGCUCGCUACUGCUAAUGAAAUUUUUGUCAAGAAAGCACUAAAUCAUGUGUUGAGCGACCUGUCAACCAGGCUUUCUUCAGACGCACUGGUGCUCAGCAUUCGCCAUAGUCCCGUGUACGUGUGGCCGAACAGCGACCAGAACACCUUACCGGGAGAACUGACGGACGGUUCCGCUUGCAAGACCAUCAUGCGCUUUAUCCAAUUUGAACAGGAAGAAGAUACAAAACGGAAAUUCAUGAGAAAGAAAGACAAAAGGUUACCAGACGUGAAUCAAAUAGUAAAUAUAGAUCUUAUGCUGGAAAUGUCAACCUCUCUGGCAGCUGUGACCCCUGUCAUUGAGAGAGAGAGCGCAGGACACCACUACGUGACCAUGACGUUACCGGUUGAUGUGGUUGUAUCGGCCGCCCCCGAGGAAGCAUGGGGAAAAGUUCGAAAGCUUCUAGUUGAUGCAAUUCAUAAUCAGCUCACUGAUAUGGAAAAGUGCCUCCUGAAAUACAUGAAAGGAACCUCCAUCGUGGUCCCGGAACCACUGCACUUUUUACUACCAGGGCAGAAAAAUCUUGUGACAAUCUCAUACCCAUCAGGGAUUCCGGACGGGCAGCUGCAGGCCUACAGAAAGGAAUUACACGACCUCUUCAACCUGCCACACGACAGACCUUAUUUCCGAAGGCCUAACGCCCACCACUUUGCAGACGAGCCGUACAAAGAUGGUUACCUUAGAAAUCCACACAUUUAUCUCAACCCACCUAACAUAGAGACUGGUAUGGUUUACCUGGUCCAGGGCAUGUACGCCUACCAUCACUACAUGCAGGACCGCACCGACGACAGCGGCUGGGGCUGCGCCUACCGCUCUCUGCAGACCAUCUGCUCCUGGUUCAGACACCAGGGCUACACAGAAAAGCCCGUCCCCACGCACAGAGAGAUCCAGCAGGCUCUGGUGGACGCUGGGGACAAACCAGCCCCCUUUGUGGGAUCACGGCAGUGGAUCGGCUCCAUCGAGGUCCAGCUGGCCCUGAACCACCUCAUGGGUGUGACCUCAAAGAUACUGUUCAUCAGCCAAGGUUCUGAAAUGGCCGCCCAGGGACGGGAACUGGCUCGGCACUUCCAGAGCGAAGGGACUCCGGUGAUGAUCGGGGGCGGCGUCCUGGCUCACACAAUCCUGGGAGUUGCGUGGAAUGAGAAUACAGGGCAGAUAAAAUUUCUGAUUUUAGACCCACAUUACACGGGCGCUGAAGAGCUGCAGGUUAUUUUGGAAAAGGGCUGGUGUGGAUGGAAGGGCCCGGACUUCUGGAACAAGGAUGCCUACUAUAAUUUAUGUCUUCCUCAGCGACCAAAUGUCAUUUAAAAUGUCUCGGACUCAAAGACUGCAGUCAAGUUUAUUACAAAUGUGUUAUUAAAAAAAUAAGUUUAAUUUCUAAUUAAAUCCUAGAUGUAGUCUGAUGGUUUAACCUUGAUUUUUUUCAAGGUGUA